AUGGACUUCCCUAUAAUGACGCACGAUGAAGCUAUGGAUGAGAUCAAUACAUGCCUGGCGGAACUGAACACCGCCAAGACGGAGAUUGAGAAAUUGGUGGCCGAAAAGAAAGGUCACCUGGACGACAUUCAAGGAGCCCUCGCUUCCCUCGCAGCAAUCGACCGCACUGUUGCAAACAAAAAUCCAGACUGGGCUAAGAUCAAAGACCACAACAUCCCGGCAGGCGCCAGCAUGUUGAGAUCCGAGAUACAACGUUAUGAUGAGGAUGUUAAAAAGACAAACGACCAGAUUCGAGAGAAAUGGAACGGGGUGAAGAUCGCAGUUCUGGGCGACUGGUCAACCGAAUUGUCGGAAGAAGAAGCUGAUCGCUUCAUGGAUGAGUCCUGGGCGCUUUACUUCGAGGUAAGGAAGGCAGCUGAUGAUGGGCUUCGUCUGACCGUUGGCGGAGACAACACGGAGUAUGCUUUUCGCGACGACGAGGUAGAGUCGGAGUAUACUUUGGGCGGCCAUGAAAACGACAUACCUUGGAGGACCCGACUAGCCCGAGCUCACAGGCAACAGAAACAGCAGAAACAACAAAAGGAAGAAACCCCCCGCGAGCAACAGGCAGAACAAAAGGAAGACCCUCCCGCGGCCCUCAGACGCAGCAAAAGGAAAAGGAAGAGAUCCCCCGACGGACCAUAG